AUGGAUGAAGAGUUAGGAGAACUAACAGAAAAUGACUUUAUAAUACCUCCUGUAAAAUACGAAUAUUUAGAUCACACAGCUGAUGUUCAGUUACAUGCCUGGGGUGAUAGCCUGACUGAAGCUUUCGAACAAUGUGGUAUGGCAAUGUUUGGAUACAUGACAGAACUUCCCUAUGUUCAAAUAAAACAAGUGCACACAAUAGAAGCAUCAGCCGAUGACAUGAUGGGGCUCUUGUAUCACUUCCUUGAUGAGUUAUUAUUUUUGUUUUCUGCUGAACCAUAUUUAAUAUGUAAAAAGUUAAAAAUUAUAGAGUUUAAUACAGAAGAGUUCAGAAUAGUUUGUAAAUGUUAUGGUGAAGAAUUUGAGAUUGGAAAGCAUCCUCAAGGGUCUGAAGUUAAGGCUAUAACUUAUUCAGCAAUGCAAAUAAUUGACGAACCAAAAGACAAUAAAUUUGAGGUAUUUGUUAUCAUUGAUAUUUAA